UCGCGGGCUGCGGCGGCCGCCGGGCCCGGCCCGUCCCUUCCCUUCCCGGGCGGACUACAACUCCCAGCGCUCCGCGGCGCGGCCCUGCGCCGGCGGCCGAGGAAACGAAAGCGGUUGCCUCGCCAGCCGACUUCACCUUCAGGCUGCAGCAUGAACGGCAGCGUGGCGGGCGGCGGCGUUUCCGAGGAGGUGAUCCGGCUCACCCGGGGACCCUCAGGGCUGGGCUUCAACAUUGUUGGUGGUACAGAUCAGCAGGUCAUUUCUAAUGACAGCAGCAUCUAUGUCAGCCGGAUCAAAAAGGAUGGGCCAGCUCACCUCGAUGGCCGAUUACAAGAAGGAGAUAAAAUUCUGGCGAUCAAUGGCAGAGACUUGAAGAAUUUGCGACACAUGGAUGCUGUGGAACUGUUCAAAAAUGCAGGCUAUGAUGUGUCUCUGAAAAUUCAGCACAGGUUGAAGCCAGAAAAUGGCCCAGCGGGUCAUCGAGGUGGUGGAGACUCAGGUGGGCUUCCCCUAGCAGCCAUUCUUGUUCCAGGCCUGGCACUCGCUGCAGCAGCAGUCUGGAUCUUGUUGAGGUAUCGACACCGGAUGUGAAGAGUACACGCUUUGGAGAUCACUGCGUAUUUUACAGCUAUGAUGUAAUUUAAAGAUAGAGAUUAACGAUCUUAUCUCAGACUGAUGUCAAAGAGGAUCAUUGUCUACCGUAAAGUUGCUGCUGGUGUUCUUUAUAUAUUGAUUUAUUGCAGAGUAAGCAGAAAGGAGCAGGGGAAAGGAGAUGACUGUGUUCAUGUAUUUAGUGGGAUGGCUGUUGUGUUGUCUUUAACUCAUCUGAGAAGUUUUUAGCCAUCUCCUUCCAUUUGCACCAUGAACUUUCAAACACACAUCUAUUCCAUGUUUUAGGAUGUGAUUCUUUAUAAAGAGGUUGGGAGGGUGGGUGGGACGGGUUUAAAUCAAAUACUCUUACUAGAGGCUUUGCUUCGUUCCCACUGAAUUUCUCUUGGAACUAAUGAUCCAUACCUGAACCAUGAAUAAAGAGAAAUAAUGCAGAGGCUAUCUUAUUUUUUUCUGUUGGCUUUUGUUCUUGUUGUUGUACUAAAUAAAUGCCUUAAGAAAUAUGUAUGAAGUCUGAUCUACAGUUUUACAGGUAAAAUCCUCGGUAUAACUGCUGAUUUAACACUAAUGUACAGAACUGGUGAGGUAUUCUACCAGUUCUGGAAAUACAGAAGACGGUCCACUGCUAGAGAAAGACUUUUGUUGUCAGAAUACUGUCCAUUUUUGAAUCCAAGUUGUAAGAGGAUGCUUUCCACAAAUUGCUAGUGUAGCAGAGAGAGAUGUGCGGACAAUUGAAACACAAGAAUAAGUAAUGGCAAGAGAUAUGAUCAUGCUGAAGCUGCAGAAGUCUUUCAAGUAGUAAUGAAGCAGUAGCACCUCCAUCCUUCAAGCUGAUUGAAAUCUGCAUCUUUUGGGUGAAAAGUUUCUGUUGUGAGUUUGUUGGUUUGUUUUUUUUUUUCUGUAAGGGGAAUACUGCUUUUCUGUAGCAGCUAACUUGCUUUCUGCAGUCAGAAAAUCUUACAGUGAUUGAAAGAGGGAAAGCUGAGAGCAGUCUGGGAUCGUCCUGGCUAUGACUUGCUGUGAAGACUGAUGUGAUCCUCAGGCUCAGGAGAUAGGGUGGUGAGUGUGAGACAGGGUAAGGUUUAGCAAAUACAGCUGAGGGGCAGGUUCUUUCUCUGGAAAAUAUGUUACUGAGUUUACCUGCAGAGACUCAUCUUCUCACUGUGAUUGGAAUAGUUUUAAAUGCCCCAGCUGACCUGGACUCUGUAGAGUAAGACCUGUUUCUCUUGUCUCCAAGAAAGAAUGUUUUUUUCUUGUUGUUAUUUUUGUAAAAGAAAAGCACACUGCAUGAUCUGGUCUGUAUGAUAAUCAAAGAAAAAUCAUAUAUGCAAUAUAUAUAUUCAAACAAAGAAAAA